AUGGUUACCAAAGUUGGCAUUAACGGAUUCGGCCGUAUCGGCCGUAUUGUCUUCCGAAAUGCUGUUGAGCACCCAAAUGUCGACAUCGUCGCCGUCAACGAUCCUUUCAUUGCCCCAGACUAUGCUGUUUACAUGCUCAAGUAUGACUCUACUCACGGUCCCUUCAAGGGUGAAGUCUCCACCGAGGGUGGCGACCUCAUCGUCAAUGGCAAGCGUAUCAAGUUUUAUGCCGAGCGUGACCCAGCCGCCAUUCCAUGGAGUGAAACCGGUGCUUCCUACAUCGUUGAGUCCACCGGUGUCUUUACCACCAAGGAGAAGGCCGCCGCCCACUUGAAGGGUGGUGCCAAGAAGGUCAUCAUCUCUGCCCCAUCCGCCGAUGCUCCAAUGUUCGUCUGCGGCGUCAACCUUGACUCCUACACCAAGGAUAUUGAUGUCCUCUCCAACGCUUCCUGCACAACCAACUGCCUGGCUCCUCUCGCCAAGGUCAUCAACGACACUUACGGAAUCAAGGAUGGCCUCAUGACCACUGUCCACUCCUAUACUGCCACCCAGAAGACCGUCGAUGCACCAUCUGCGAAAGACUGGCGUGGUGGACGUACCGCUGCCCAAAAUAUCAUCCCAUCCUCCACUGGUGCUGCUAAGGCCGUCGGCAAGGUCAUCCCAUCUCUAAACGGCAAGUUGACCGGCAUGGCUUUCCGUGUCCCAACUCCUAAUGUUUCCGUCGUUGAUCUCACUGUCAACCUUGAGAAGCCUGCCAAGUAUGCCGAAAUCGUCGAGACCCUCAAGGCCGCCGCCGCCGGUGACCUCAAGGGAAUCUUGGCCGUUACCGAGGAUGAGGUUGUCUCCACCGAUCUUAUGGGUAACAAUGCCUCCAGCAUCUUCGAUGUCAAAGCCGGUAUUGCUUUGACUGAUACCUUCGUCAAGUUGGUUUCCUGGUAUGACAACGAGUGGGGUUACUCCCGUCGUUGCCUGGAUCUUAUCGACUAUAUCUCCAAGGUUGAUAGCCAGUAA